CCAUUUUAGCUGAGAAGCCCUGUAGUGCUAGCGCUAAUAUAAUGGUGUUGUUUUUGUAGAUACCUACACAAUUGACUACGCUUGGCUUUGACUGUGCAUAUGUCUGCGCCAUUAUUAAGGCCUCUGAUUGCAGCAUCAAAGAGAUACUCUGCAGUCCGAGUCAUCAUUGACACAUCAGUGAGCUGGAGAGAAGUGAAAGUUGCCCUGCAAAGAAAACUGAGUAAGAUCAAUUGCUCCUACAAUUUAUCUUUAGCAGUGCUACAGCUACAAGAUGAGGCAGCUCAAGUUACAAGUGCUGCUCUCCACGUUAUUAUCGUAUCUUUCGGUGGUUAUUGGGCAAUCGUGCAAUUUCAGCCCCAACCCAAACGCUCAGUGCCUCCCUGUACUAAACAACGUCUGCAAGACUGUCGGCUACAACAUGACAUCACUACCAAACUUAUUCAAUCACUCGACACAGCAAGAAGCCGAAGCAUUUUUUAACAAAAUAGCACCCAUAUUUCAUACGAGCUGCUCCGUAUAUUUAGCUCACUUUCUCUGCUCUGCAACACACCCUAUCUGUUUUCCGAAUCAGUUUCAACAAAUUCAUCCGUGCCGAGAGUUGUGCACGGCUGUGAGAGAAACCUGUAUACCCACCCUUCGUCAGAUCGGCCUAGAAUGGCCGGAUGAACUCGACUGUACUCUUUACAGCUCCUACCAGGACUCCCUGUGUGUGUGGACUCAGGCCAACCCGUGCAGCACGAUGGGAAGAUCGAUGAACGAAGAUAAUCGAGUUAUUGUCAAUAGAGUGAACGUGAAUUGCUCCGGACGCCUUGUCAAACUUCAGAAUUCAAGUAAUUAUGAUUUCGGAAGUGUGAAGCAUUGUACCGAGCCUUGCAGUGGUGUGUAUUUUGACCAGGAGAAGCAAGAGAUUCUGUUGAUUUGGAUCACUAUCAUCAGUUUGAUCACUCUCCUCGUGUGCGUGAUUAUUUUUCUCACUUUCAUAUUCAACUAUAGAAAAAUCCCAAACCUCGAGACUCCUAUCUACUAUAUUGCAGUUUGCUAUGGCAUCUCUUCGUUAACCUAUGUCAUUUCGAUAACUAUUGGCAAAGAAUCUAUCAUCUGCAAUACGGAAUUUAAAAAUCAGCAUAACGAGAGUGCCCUACUCACGAAUGCGCAAGACCACCCCCUGUGUUUGAUUCUAUUCUGUGUUCUCUAUUAUUCGAUUCUUUGCACCUGGUCUUGGUGGGUGAUUUGUAGCCUUCAAUGGCUUAUAACAUCUCUCAAGUCCACGAACAUGUCAACCAAAUGGAAGAUAUGUUUUCACAUAAUUGCAUGGUGCAUUCCGCUUGUAUUCACUCUGACAGCACUCUCACUGGGUCAUGUUGCCGGAGAUGCCACUGUUAAAACCUGCUGGAUUGAAAAGCACUAUGAAUUACCAUUUCUUGUUGCUCCAUUGUCGACUGCUGUGGUUAUAUGUUCCGUCGUUCUUGUUGUGUGUUUUGCACGAGUCGUUAAACUUCAGAAAUCCAAGAAACCUGAAUCAGAUAUCGCAAAAAUAAGUGCUUUAACUUUGGUCCGUGUUGGGCUCUACUGUACAGUCUAUUUGAUUCCUAUGGGACUCUUGUUAUGUGCCUAUUUCUACGAGUUUUGGUACAGAGAAGAAUGGGAGAUACAGUAUUUGAAGUGUGUGAAUUCAGCAGCUAGUAACUGUGAAAAUAGCGGCUCUCCCGUUUAUGCAAUCUUCAUGAUAAAAAUAGCGUCUAUGUUGAGUAUGGGAACUGUGUCUUUGUUGUGGAUACUCAGAUCUGAUUUGAUAACAAUCUGGAGGAAAUUUUGUUGCUUUUGCACUACAAAUGUGCCCGAACAUAACAUUGUUUAUACACCAAAUGGAAGGUAUACACCAACCUUUCAGCUUCAUCAUGCCAUGGAUUACCCCACUUCUAGUGAUUCGUCUGUUUGAUACCACCUGUUUAAAGAAUCUCCCUAUCUGAGGGGAGGACUGUGAAUUGUGAUGCUAUCAUGUCAUCAACCAAACUCUUUGAAACUCACUCCCUCAGAAUUCAGGCUCUUUAUCGUGGGGCAAAUAUGAAUAUGCUUUAUGGUCAUGUUGUUUUAUUGUUCACUACCACUUGAGGGUUACCGCAAGUGUGUACUCAAAGUCAAUCAACUGUUAAUGUGAAUGUG